GCGGAGUUUGCCAAAAAGAACCCGUGGCAGGAGAUGGAUGAAAAUGGCGGUUCGACGCUGACGCGCUCGGAGACCAUGAACUCGGCCGCCAGCUCUGCCACCACGCAGCGGCGCCGGACGCAGUACGGGAAGAAGCAGGUGCAGGUCGCGGGGGCGGGGCUACGGGCCCCCCGCGCCCUCUUCUGCCUCACGCUCACCAACCCCAUCCGCAUGGCCGCCCUCGCCAUCGUGGAGUGGAAGCCAUUUGAUAUCUUCAUUUUGCUCGCCAUCUUUGCCAACUGUGUGGCCUUGGGUGUGGCCAUUCCUUUUCCUGAAGAGGAUUCUAAUGCAACCAACCAUAACCUGGAGCAAGUGGAGUAUGUGUUUAUGAUCAUCUUCACCAUUGAGACCUUCAUGAAGAUCCUGGCCUAUGGGCUGGUGAUGCACCCCAGUGCUUACACGCGAAAUGGCUGGAAUUUGCUGGAUUUUGUCAUCGUCAUCGUUGGGCUGUUCAGUGUGGUCCUGGAGCAGAUGACUCACAAGCCGGGGGAGGCCCACCACGCUGCCGGGAAGCCGGGGGGGCUGGACGUCAAAGCCCUAAGAGCUUUCAGAGUCCUCCGGCCCCUCAGACUGGUGUCUGGAGUACCCAGUCUCCAGAUUGUGCUGAACUCCAUCAUGAAGGCCAUGGUGCCCCUCCUGCACAUUUCUCUGCUGGUCCUCUUCGUCAUCAUCAUCUACGCCAUCAUCGGCCUGGAGCUCUUCAUUGGCAGGAUGCACAAGACCUGCUUCUUCAUCGGCACAGAAAACAUGGUGGACGAGGACCCUGUUCCGUGCGCCUUUGCGGGAAAUGGGAGGCAGUGCCUCCAGAAUGGGACCGAGUGCAGGGGAAAGUGGAUUGGGCCGAACGGGGGCAUCACAAACUUUGACAACUUCUUCUUUGCCAUGUUGACCGUCUUCCAGUGCAUCACCAUGGAGGGCUGGACUGAUGUGCUGUACUGGAUGAAUGAUGCGAUAGGUUUCGAGCUGCCCUGGAUUUAUUUUGUUACUCUGGUCAUUUUUGGCUCUUUCUUCGUUCUCAACCUUGUUCUGGGAGUGUUGAGUGGAGAGUUCUCUAAGGAGAGGGAGAAGGCUAAGAAGCGGGGAGACUUCCAGAAGAUGAAACAGAAACAGCAGAUGGAGGAGGACAUGGUGGGGUACAUGGACUGGCUCAUGCAGGCCGAGGAGAUCAUCGCAGAGGAGCAGGGCAAUACGGACAGCGCAUCUGAAAAGAAGAGGCAUAAAUUUGGCUGGUUCGGCCACUCCGAUGAUGGUAGUGACGAGGAUGAGGAUGAGGAGAACAAAAUAUACAUUGAUGAUGACGAAGGCUGCUGCGCCUCCUGCUGUGCUCGGAUAAUGGCCAACAGCAUUUGCGAGCAGCUGUGCCGCAUCAACUUCGCCAUCCGCAAGACCUGCCGAGCCGCCGUCAAGUCCGCGCUCUUCUAUUGGCUGGUGCUGCUGCUGGUGUUCCUGAACACGGCCGCCAGCGCCUCCGAACACUACGACCAGCCCGAGUGGCUGACGCGCCUGCAGGAAACAGCCAAUCGGAUCCUGCUGUCUCUCUUCACCCUGGAGAUGCUCAUGAAGAUGUACAGCCUGGGUUUCAGAGUGUACUUCAAGGCCUUCUUCAACCGCUUUGACUGCUUCGUGGUGUGCGGUGGAAUCCUGGAGACCAUCCUAGUGGAGCUGGAGGUCAUGCCGCCGAUCGGCAUCGCCGUGCUCCGCUGCGUUCGGCUGCUCCGCAUAUUCAGGGUUACGCGGCACUGGUCGUCUCUGUCCAACCUGGUGACCUCGCUGCUCAACUCCAUGAAGUCCAUCGCCUCCCUGCUGCUCCUGCUCUUCCUCUUCCUCAUCAUCUUUGCCCUGCUGGGGAUGCAGCUCUUCGGCGGCAAAUACAACUUCGACGAGACGCAGACCAAGCGGAGCACCUUCGACACCUUCCCCCAGGCGCUCCUCACCUGCUUCCAGAUCUUGACCGGUGAGGACUGGAACUCUGUGAUGUAUGAUGGUAUCAUGGCAUACGGAGGCCCCAGCAUUCUGGGAAUGAUCGUCAGCAUAUACUUUGUUAUUCUGUUCAUCUGCGGAAACUAUAUCCUGCUGAACGUCUUCUUGGCUAUUGCUGUGGACAAUUUGGCUACUGUUGGCAAAAACAAGUCUGAUGAUGAUGAUGAGGAAGAAGACGAGGAUGACGAAGAGGAUGAGGAUGAUGAGGACGGGGAAAAGAGAAAGAUGGAAGAGGAAGAAGAGGACGACCUGGACGACGGCGAAGGUGGUGAGCCACAUGGGAGCCCGUUAAAGGUGACUGACUUUGCACCUCCGAAAGAGAAGAUCGUCCCCAUACCUGAUGGCAGUGCCUUCUAUUGUCUCGGCAAGACCAAUCCGAUUCGGACAGGCUGCCACGCCUUGAUUCAUCACCACAUCUUCACCAACCUCAUCCUGGUCUUCAUCAUCCUCAGUAGCAUCUCCCUGGCUGCAGAAGACCCAAUCAGAGCGCACUCAUUCAGGAAUAAUGUCCUGGGUUAUGCCGACUACGCCUUCACCUCCAUAUUCACAGUGGAAAUCUUGCUGAAGAUGACUGUGUACGGGGGAUUUUUGCACAAAGGGUCUUUCUGCAGGAACUGGUUCAACCUGCUGGAUCUGCUGGUCGUCAGUGUGUCCCUGGUCUCCUUCUUCCUGCAUUCAAGCGCAAUCUCCGUGGUGAAGAUUUUUAGGGUGUUAAGAGUUCUCAGGCCCCUUCGAGCUAUUAACAGAGCCAAGGGACUGAAGAACGUGGUGCAGUGCGUCUUCGUGGCCAUCAGGACCAUUGGGAACAUCAUGAUCGUCGCCACGCUGCUGCAGUUCAUGUUCGCCUGCAUCGGAGUGCAGCUCUUCAAGGGUAAAUUUUUCAGCUGCACUGAUGAAGCUAAGCACACUCCGGAGGAAUGCAAGGGGACCUUCGUCGUGUACAAGGACGGGGACGUGGCACACCCCACCAUGAAGGAGAGAGUGUGGUACAACAGCGACUUCAACUUCGACAACGUGCUGAUGGGCAUGAUGGCUCUCUACACCGUGUCCACCUUCGAAGGCUGGCCCGUUAUUCUGUACCAAGCUAUUGAUGCCAAUGCUGAGAACAAAGGCCCCAUCUAUAACUACCGUGUAGACAUUUCCAUCUUCUUCAUCGUCUACAUAAUUGUCAUCGCCUUCUUCAUGAUGAACAUCUUUGUGGGCUUUGUCAUCAUCACCUUCAGGGAGCAGGGAGAGCAGGAGUACAAGAACUGCGAGCUGGACAAGAACCAGAGGCAGUGUAUAUAUUAUGCACUGAAGUCUCAGCCGAUAAAGGUCUACAUUCCGAAGAACCCGACCCAGUUUAAGUUCUGGUCCAUCGUGAACUCCUCCGGGUUUGAGUACAUCAUGUUUGUCCUGAUCCUUCUCAACACCGUCACUCUGGCAGUGCAGCAUUAUGAGCAGUCCAAACUCUUCAACUUUGUGAUGGAUAUUCUCAACAUGGCCUUCACUGGACUUUUCACCGUGGAGAUGGUGCUCAAGCUCCUGGCCCUCAGAUUCAGGCACUACUUCAUGGACGCCUGGAACUCUUUCGAUGCCCUGAUCGUGGUGGGCAGCGUGGUGGACAUCGUGGUGUCGGAGUUCAGCGGUGGAGGGCAUGAGGGAGAGGGGGAGGAAAGCUCUCGAGUGUCCAUCACUUUUUUCCGCUUGUUCCGAGUGAUGCGAUUGGUCAAGCUGCUCAAUAAGGGGGAGGGCAUUCGCACCCUCCUCUGGUCCUUUGUAAAAUCGCUCCAGGCUCUGCCUUAUGUCGCUCUCCUCAUUGCCAUGAUCUUCUUCAUUUAUGCUGUCAUUGGCAUGCAGACCUUCGGGAAGGUUGCCUUGCUGGACAACACAGACAUCAACAGGAACACCAACUUCCAGACCUUUCCGCAGGCUGUUCUGGUGCUGUUCAGGUGUGCCACUGGAGAGGCGUGGCAGGAGAUCAUGCUGGGCUGCCUGCCGGGGAAACGUUGUGACCCGGAGUCGGACUACGAGCCCGGAGAGGAGUUCACCUGCGGGAGCAACUUCGCCUACCUCUACUUCAUCAGCUUCUUCAUGCUCUGCGCUUUCCUGAUUAUAAACUUGUUUGUCGCUGUCAUCAUGGACAACUUUGACUAUUUGACACGUGAUUGGUCCAUCCUGGGCCCCCAUCACUUGGAUGAGUUCAAAAGAAUCUGGUCAGAAUAUGACCCUGAGGCCAGUGGGCGUAUAAAGCACCUGGACGUUGUGGCUCUGCUGCGCAGGAUCCAGCCUCCUCUGGGGUUCGGCAAGCUCUGCCCUCACCGCGUUGCCUGCAGGAGGCUGGUCGCCAUGAACAUGCCCCUGAAUACUGACGGGACAGUGAAGUUCAACGCCACGCUCUUCGCCUUGGUUAGGACCGCCCUGAAGAUUAAGACAGAAGGGCCGGUGGUUCAGGAGAACGAGGAGCUGAGGAUCAUCAUCAAAAAGAUCUGGAAGCGAACCAAGGCCAAAACUCUGGACGAAGUGAUCCCUCCUCCAGAGGAGGAGGAAGUGACCGUGGGUAGAUUCUACGCCAGCUUCCUGAUCCAGGACUACUUCCGGAAGUUCCGCAAGAGGAAACUGGCCCUGAAGAAAAAGAACAAGUCCUCGGCCCUGCAGGCCGGGCUGAGAACUCUGCAGGACUUAGCGCCGGAGAUGAGACUGGCCCUGACCUGUGACCUGGAAGAGGAAGAGGAGGAGGAUGUGGUGCUGGACAUGGAGGAUGAAGAUGACGAGACUUUCUACAAGAAUGAAAGUGAUUUUGUGGGUCACUCAGAGUACCCCAGUCCUGAUAAGAUGGAUCCUGGCAGUCCUGGGCUCCCCUUCACCCCCAUCCCACCCAGCACUCCUCCGCCCCCCUCCCCAAUCCCACCCCCAGAAACUCCCCCUGCAGAGAACCUGUCCAACGGGGGAGUGGCUCACCCGUCCGUCACCACUGCCACUCUGUCGAAAACUGCAAACGGGGGUGGCAUAAUGCAGUGGGAGGAGCCAGUGGUGGAAGAGGAGGAGCUGUGUGAAAAUAUUCCUCCCCCAGUGGAGAGUGAUGUCAUCACGCAUCAACCCAAACCUGCCUCUAACAGCAUCCCCAGGGGGGAUGUAGGUGACGGAUAUUCCUCCCUCCCUCGUGAAGAGGAAGGGAUGGAGAUGAUGGAGAACUACUCUGGAGAGCAGGGUUACAACAGCAGGGAAGAGGACACUGAGAGCACAGCAUCACAAGACAGGCAUUGGUUCCCGGAUCCUCCUGCCCCGUACCUUGGACAUCGCGAACACGCCUACAACGCCGCGCCCGCCGGCCACGUACCGCACGCCAACAACUACGGCAACGGCUACACCCAGCCCCAGCAGCCGCCUCGCCGACGUCUGCUUCCUGCGACUCCCACCGGCCAAAAGCCUGUUUUUAAUGUCCAGAGUCUGAGGCGACAGGGCAGUAAUGAGGACAUCGCAAAUAACUUCCAUCAAAACGCGCCACUCAGCAGAGUACACACACAGACCUACGUCAGCGGCGGCGGCUCCCGCCGCGGCAGCGCGGCGUCCAUGGCGUCCAUGGCGUCCCUGGCGUCCUCCUCCGCCUCCUGGGCCGUGGGCGGCGGCUCCAACCCCCGUCGCGGGCGCCUCCUGUACGCCCCUCUCAUCCUGGUGGAGGAGGAGGGCCAGGGGGCGGGGCCGGACGCGGACUGGGCGGACGGGAACGAGGACGGGAACGCAGGCUCCGCCCGCCAGGACUGGUACACGGGGCCCCGGGGGGGCGUGGCCACAGGCGGGGCCUACACCAGCCUGAGAGGCCCACCCCAGCUCACCUACCAGUACGCUGACAAAGGCAGCGCGGACAGCCUGGUGGAGUCGGUCCUGAUCUCAGAGGGGCUGGGUCUCUACGCCAAGGACCCGAAGUUCGUGGCCUUUGCCAAACGGGAGAUUGCCGACGCCUGCGACAUGACCCUGGACGAGAUGGAGAACGUGGCCAGCGACAUGCUGAGGAAAGGGGCGGGGGGGCGCGGCCGCCUCGGGGGCUACCCGGACGGGGGGGCCCUGUACAGCGACGAGGAGUCCGUCAGGAGCCACGCGGAAGAGGAGCUGGCCGACGAGAUGACCUGCGUCAGCACCUUCUGAACAGCAUGCACAGGGCCUGUACCAUUCCACACAGUGGGGGAGACUACACGGGCUGUACCAUUCCACACAGUGGGGGAGACUACACGGGCUGUACCAUUCCACACAGUGGGGAGACCACGCGGGCUGUACCAUUCUACCUUGGGGAGGGGGCACUACGGGGCCUGUACCAUUCCACACAGUGGUGGGGACUACACGGGCUGUACCAUUCCACACAGCGGGGGGACCACACGGGCUGUACCAUUUUCCUUGGGGAGGGGGCACUACGGGACCUGUACCAUUCCACACAGUGGGGAGACCCCACGGGCUGUACCAUUCCACACAGUGGGGAGACCACACGGGCUGUACCAUUCCACACAGUGGGGGAGGAUUUACGGGCUGUACCAUUCCACACAGCGGGGGGACUACACGGGGUGUACCAUUCCACACAGCGGGGCGACUACACGGACUGUACCAUUCUCCUUGGGGAGGGGGCACUACGGGGCCUGUACCAUUCCACACAGUGAGGGGACUACACGUGCUGUACCAUUCCACACUAAUCAUGGUUCCCCAACCAUUACAGAAAGUCCGGAGAAUUGAUAUACACCAUGGAAAUGUUAUGAAAUAUCCCAGUCUUUUUCACAGGAAAACUCUGAAGUUAUUUGUUGUGUGUUAAAUGAUGUGUGUGUGUUUCUUUGGCUAACCCAUUAGCUUGAUGUUAUUUACUGUCAUAUCCAGCAUCUUGGAGAACUGUCCACUGGUUUUGAAGAAAUUAGCUUUGUUUCUGUUACCAAAUGCCAUUGCUGACUACUCUUACCUGCCAAGAAAAUCCUCAGGUGUAGGUACAUGCAUACAGACAUUUGUUAUGCAUCUGUAAUAUUAUAUCGGGGAAACAAAGUCUCUUCAGUAGUGCUAAACACUGUUUGUGGUGCUUUAGUGUCCAUGUUAUUUUGUUCUCUUUCACUGCUGGGCUCCUGUCUUGUUCUCUCCUGCUCGUCGCUGCCACUUCUCUGAUAUGUUCCAUUCUCACGCUGUCAAACGCCCCUGGAGAAUGAGAUACGGGGUCAUAUACUGCACCUUUAAACAUUAAAUCAAAUCGAACCAGACAAGCCUUGUGGGCUAGGGCACUGAGAUUGGAGCUUAAAUCUGCACUGGAAAUUAUUUUAUAUUUAAUGUGCAUUCAGAUGUCGUUCUGGUGUGUAGCAAUUAAUGGAUGUAUAUCUCUAAAUUUUGAAUGUCAACUUUUUGAAUAUUGGUUGUAUCCCCAUAGGAACCACUGUAAAACUAGUCUGCAAAGAUGAAGAUUUCAUAGACCAUUGCACUGUUGUUGGAAAUAGUUUUUUACUGUGACUACUAAUAUUCCAUUAAUUAUAUGUUGAGGUAUAUAAUAAUUAUAAUAAUUUGUUUGGAUAUGUAAUUAGUUAUUUGCUGGCUUAUUUGUAUUGAAGUGUCUUCAGUGUAUGCCAGUGGAUAUUUUGAGCUGAGUCACUGCUGUGUGAAAUAAACUUUGAGGACCGUU